ACAGACGGCAGUCAGUCGCUUCUGCCGUCGAAUUAAAAAAAACAAAUGGUGAAAAUAAAAAAGUGCAACAUGGCCAAACUUCUAGUGAUACUAUGCUUAGCUGCCUUCAGUAGUGCUCAAACGUACUCUGCUUCGAAUUUAGUCAAGAACAUUUAUAAUGAAUGCCUUAGUCAGUAUUCGGUGGAGUGUGUGAAACCGCGGACCCUGCAGUGGAUAUCUCGAGUAGCCAAUGAAGAAGAGAUCAAGAUUACGGAUGACCUAAGCAUCAUCAAGACUGCAACUGUGGAAGAAGAUGGAGAAGUUGACCCCAGGAUGGCUAAGGACCCAUUGUAUAAGUUGUUUGAUCAAGUCGAUACCUUCGUACAAACACAUGCCCUGAAAGUGAAAGUUCCAGAGGAAAUCACAAAGACCGCUGCCUCAGAAUAUGUACCGAGGUCACUGCUUGCUGAUCUACCUUCAGAGUUGAACAUGCCUUUGGAUGGUGAAGAAGAAGUUGAAGAAUUUGAAGGCAGGAAGAAGAAGAUUAAGCUGCCUAAGCCGUUGAGAAUCAAGUCUAAGCACGGUUUUGUUAAGAAGAUUCUUCUGCCUUUCUUGCUUGGUCUCAAGUUCAAGGCGUCAGUGCUGGUUCCCCUGGCCCUUGCUCUGAUUGCCCUGAAAACAUGGAAGGCUUUGACACUAGGUCUUAUCUCUUUGGUUUUAUCUGGUGCCAUGGUCAUCUUCAAAUUCACGAAGCCGAAGGUCGUGAACUACGAGGUCAUCCACUAUCCGCAGCACCAUGUGGAGCACCAUGUAGACCACCACGCACCAGCCUGGGACGCCCAUGGCCCCUACCAAGCACGAUCUUAUGAAGACGCCCACGAUAUCGCAUACUCCGCGCAAAUAUAAACGAAGGAACCCAUAAAUUAAGACGGACCAAUGACUAAUUUAUUAUUAUUUAUUUAUUUAUUUCUACUUUGUAAAUAAAUAUUGCAUAAAGUAAGUUUCAAUUCUU